AUGAUGGCCGACCUGACUGAAGAGGAGCGAAACGCUUACGAAGAUCAAUAUACCAGGGGUUUACGGAAGAUGCGCGACUUUCGAGUAUACACAAAACACUUUGUGGACGAAAUCGAUUGUCUCGUAUCAAUCUGGCCCGAAAAAGUGAUUUUAGAGGAGCGAAACGUACCCGAGCAAUGCAAACGACUAGACGACAUGAAAACAAUGCUCGAUCAGAAAAUGUGGAAAGACGCUGAUAAGCGACCUGACGACAUCGGCAAAAAAGUGCAAAACAUACGAAAACUCAUGCAAGACCUUGAAAACACUCUCAAAAUCCACUUUCCCGCUGCAGUUGAUCGCUACUAUCUCAACUUGAUAAACACUUCUUUUUAG